AUGCUAAAUAGACCAAGAUGGCUAUAAAUGUGGCUGAUAACCAUAAUUAUAUUCUAAAAAUGGCUCCAUAUUUAUCACCAAAAGGAUCACUGGGUUUCAAUGAACCUAUCAUUGCAAUAAAUAGCAUGGCUGCUAACACACCUCUUUUUGAAUUCACUUCAAAUCCUUCAUUAUUGUUAUAAGCAAUAUAUAGAAGAACAGUUGUGAAUGUCCAAAACAUAAGUUUAUGAAAACUCAUUAUUAAAUUAAUUAUUCAAUAUAAAUGUCAUUUGAUCAUCUUAAUGAUACUAAUAUCACUAAUCAAUCAGAAAAAGAACAUGUAAAUGAAUUUUAUGAUUACUAAAUCCGAAAUAUGUAUGAUAAAGAAAAAUAUGUAAAUCCACAUGAUAUUGCUGGUUAACCAGGUUUAGUAACAAGUUAAGCAGUUGAAUUGGAAAAGAAGAAAGUUUAAUUCAGAAUGGCAAAUGAAAUCUAUUUAAGAAAACAUCCAGAAUUAUCUGUUAUGCUAAGCAUUUUCUUAUUUAGAGUAUUGGAGGAAAAACCAGAUGAUGUCUUAAUGUAUGCAGGCAAAUUCUUUGAUUAGUAUUAAAUUUAUAUAUCUAUAAUAGAGAACAUUUAGAAGAAGUAAUAUUGAUAUAGAAAAAGCAUUAUUUAGAAAAUGGAAAUGCAACUGCUUGAA